ACUUGUAUCGCUUUCUGCGUUCCGCUGCCCGCAGUCCUCCCGGAGAAGGAUGCAGAUUUGCUCAAACAGCGCAGUCCUAGUACGGAGGCUGUAUUUCAGCCCACAUUAAAAUCAGUGAAUAAACACAUGUCGAAGUAAAUAGAUUCGUGAACAUGUACACAUGUAUUUAUUUUAAAAUAUAUCGUCCACACAGCAGCGUCGUCAGUGUGUUUUUUCCACGCAGUGCGGGUCUCCCCGCACGCUCCGCACGCCGCCGUGUGGGCGCGCGCACGUAUUAGAGCUACCGCAACGCUUGAGGAUAGCGGAUGAAGUCCGGAGAGGAGGCUGCAUUUUGGGAUCGUUUUUCCCGGUUGAGUGCAGUGAGUCAUGCCCACACUGGAUCUCAGCACCGUGCUGAUGAGGGAGAUGAGGGAGGAUGAAGCUGAAUUCGUGACAGAGCUUUUGAAGGAUUGUUUUCGUGGUUCUGAGAAUCGAUUGGUUCUGUACUUGCUGACCCGCCCCUGUUCUCUACUCCUCUUGGCUGUGGGGAGUUCCGCCCUGCGCUUCGUGUUUAACUCUUUCCUGGCCGCGCUGGCGGUGCCGGUGUUGCUGGCUCUCUGCUUUCUGAAGCUGAGCUGCCGGGGAGCGGGGGGGCUACGCAACGCCAGCUACUACAGGCAGGGUGCAGCAGGGAGCAGCGACACCAGAGAGACCAGAAAAGACAGUGACACCAGCGAAACAAGCACAGUCAAUGAGCACAGCAAGAUCAGCACGGGCAGAAAAACCAGUGCACCCAGUGACACUAGCAAGACCAAGCCAGGGGCAGAGAAGGGGGAUAACACCUCCAGCUGCUCCAAGCCAGGUUCUGAAGACUCUGACUCAGACUCUGAGUGGAGUGAAGGGGAAGGGGAGGGGUGGCAGGCCGACCCCUACCCCCGCCGGAGAAAGAGGCGCUCCAGCUCCAGCCCCAGCCCCAGCCCCAGCCCCCCAGGGCCAGCCCCUGCUCCCCCAGGCCUCCGCGCUAUCUGGGUGUGCGAGAGUCAGGGGGAGGUGCUGGGCUGCGUGGCCCGGGAUGUAGGCCCCCUGCCUGGGCAGGCUCUGCUCUGCUGUCUGGCUGUGAGCUCCUGGCACCGCCGGCAGGGGCUGGGCUCGGCGCUGGUGACCCGCUUCGAGCGGCAGGCCCGGCGGGAUGGCUUCAGCAGCGUUGGGGCCCGCGUGAGUGCGGGGAGCAGGGUGGGGGCAGCCUUCUUCCAGAAACUGGGGUACGAGAGCUGUGGGGCCGGGGAGAGGCGCUGGCUGGGGUACAGUGUGACUCAGGAGUUCAGGAAACAGCUGUAGAGGAGAUAUGUGCCCAAAACUUUAAGCUGUUUCAAUAUUUCCAUGCAUGAAAGGCUUGAAAAAAUAUUCCUUCAAAACAUCUUUGCAUUUGAUGAAUGAGGGACUUUGUUCUAAAGCCGUAUGUCGUCCCCUGCUGGUCAGAGAGAGAGAGAGAGCUAGAUGUGUUUAUUACUGGUGUGUAUUAAUGAAUGACUCUGUGCGGCUCUGUAUAGAUACUGGGUUUGAAUCAAUGUGUGUUUCAGAAGGGUUGAUUUUCUAAUGAAUAUAUAAAAACCUGCACUCUGCUUGAAUGCUUUUCUAGGUUCUGAAGAGUUUGAUUCAGUUUUAAUAAAAUGUGUCUUUGGGGUUAAA